AUGUCGUACGUGAGGGUCAAUAAUCGGGGCAGUCGGCAGAGAGGCAACUUGGACGAUAGCCCUCCUCCACCUUACUCAGAAACCGACAUCUUUUCCACGUCGGGACCUCGAUCCCCAUUCACAUCAGAAUUCCCAGAUUCAGUCGUCGGUUCAGUGCAAGAUGCCCAGUCCACGACGGGCUGCUCCACGUCUACAGAAUCUGGUGAGGUUAUAUAUACCCCGCCGCUCACACCGACGAGCCCAUCAGCUCACCAGUCGACCACCGGCAGCGACUCCAUGAGCUUCAGCUCCAGCCUCCUGUCCGCUGCCGCCUACUUCGAGUCCAGGCCACCCACCGUCCUGCCCCCCGGCCCGGGCAGCCAGGUCCUGCACACGGUCACCUUCGCGCCCGAAACUACGCCCGAAGACAUCCCCUACCCGCCUUCCCUCGCCGGCCGCGACGUCUCGGCCGAGGACUGGCACACCUUUGUCAAUUUUUUGCUGCCCGACCACACGACCCGGGUGAACGAGGCCGUCGCCGACCGGAAGCUGAGGGCCGAGGGUGGUGGUGGCAGUCACAGCGGCAGCUCUUCCUCCUCGACCAGCACCGCCCACGCCGAGGCGCAGCUGGAGCAGAUAUUCACGCCGGGGACGAGUGUGUGCGACGGCGGGGUCAGGAAGGACGAGACGGAGAGGACGGUGCGGGAGUGGAACGAAGGCUUCUUCGCGCCGAGGGGCGUCGCCAUCGUCCCGCAGUUCUCGGCCGACGAUUACCUCAGCCCCUGGGAGUCGGCCAGUGCCAGCCGUAGUAGCAGAGGGAGAGCUGCACAGGAAGCCCGCGAAAUCGCGAGGGAGAAUAACCGCCGCCAGGAUACGCCGGACACGGACACCCCGGUAAGCACACCCACACCCCACCGGCGUGCAGACCAAGAGCAGCCCCGCGCGGAGCACACAGACACCCACGGCCUGGGCCUCCGCUUCGGCGGCCUCAACCUCGGCGGGCUCCAUCUCGACAGCUCCGGCAUCAGGUUCGAUGGCCGACCGCUCUUGCCGGGCUUGUCGGCUCUGAACGCGAGGGGCCGCGGGGCUCGGCAAGGUCGCGGUCGCGGGCGUGGAGGGCGUGGAAACGGCUUCCCCGGAGCCUUCUUCCAGCUCCCGCCGCCGCCGACGUUGUCCUUGCCCAGGUGGCACCACCACACCGUCGGUAGCAGCAGCGGCGAGUCGACCGCGACGCCCUUGAGCACGCCCAUGUGGAGUCCUGGGGCGGCGGGGGUGCCGCCCGUGAUGCUGCCGAGGGGGUUUUACGAACCCGCCCCUCCGCACAAGGAUUUGGAGGAUGAGGAGCACUACAAAGGUGGAGGUGGUCACCGCGGGAGGAGGCAGCGUGGUCACGACGACAGGCCAGCGGCAGCAUCUCAAGGGUCCGGAUCCAGAUCGCGAAGUUCGUCGGUGGCCAGCGCGCGGAGUGCCUCGUCUGCCUCGUCGGUCGAUUCGAUCGAGAGCCUGCCUGCGUACGAGGACCUAGCCGACGAGCAGAUCCCCGUCGCGAGGGACCUGCUCAGGAGGUGGCUGGACAGCCCCGGGCAGGCCAUCACGCGCGAGAGCGCCAGGGUCAUGAACGAGGAGAUACGCUCCGCUGGGGGCAGUUCUGUGCCCGUGGUGUGUAUGCGGUCAGGUGGUCCGGAGGAGGAAAUGCAACAAGCACAACAAACCAGGCAGGAUCGCCAGCCACGGCAACAACAGGGACGGCGUCCGUGCGGCACGUCCAGCUGCCGGGGAGGCGCACUCCCGUCGGGCGAAGAGCUAGCCGAGCUGCGCCGCGAAGUUCAGGAGAUGAGCACCCAGUGGAAGGAGGCCAAACACGCACAGAGGAGGUCGUGGAGAGAAGAGAGGCGGGAGAGGCGCCGGGACAGGAGGGCUGAAUGGAGGGAGCGCAGGGAGGCCAAGAGGGAGGUUCGGUCCGCGAAGCGCGCACUCAAGAGGGAGGCCAGGGACCUGAGAUGGGGGAGGCGUCGGGAAGGAGGUCCGUUCGGUGGUGGUGGUGUCGGCGGCGGCCCAGGUGGGCUAUUCGGCUUCGGAAGGCUGGUCGUGCCAAUAAUGCAGGCUCCGCACCUGCAACAUGUUCCGCCAAACUCUUUUAUGCACUGCUGUCGUCAUUAA